CUUCCCCUUCCCUCCCUCACGCUUUUUCCCCUCCCCCUGCUCCCUUUUCCCUUCGGUUUCGCUCUUUUCGGUCGAGGCCGACCCCUGGGUCGUGAGUCUAGAGUCUGGUUGGUGAAAAAGAGCCCUUGUAGCUGGAAGGAGGGACGCGUGGGGAAUACUGUUACUUGAGUUAUUUGGAGACCAAAAGCUUAUCUGGGAUGUUUUGUGUGUGGAAGGAGGUCUACCCGAGAGGCGGCGGGGGCGGGGCUGAGCUGGGUUUGCGGAUGAGUGGGACGCACCGGUAAAAUAGGUAGCACGGCGGAGGGCUUGUUUGUGGGCAAGGGGAAAAUGGAGGCACUGAGAAUUGGCAUUAGCUUUCCCUUAACCGUUUGAUCGAAAAAUGAAUGUGUGUAGCCGAGCGUUGUGGCGGGCGCCUGUAGUCCCAGCUAUUCAGGAGGCUGAGGCAAGAGAAUCGCUUGAGCCCAAGAGUUGGAGGUUGCUGUGAGCUGUGACGUCACGGCCCUCUACAGGGUGACAAAGUGAGACUCUGUCUCUCAAAAAAAAAAAAAAAAAUGUGUGGGUUAUUUGGAUCGUGGAUAUUAGGCAGUCUUAUUUUAUUCCCAGAUUGCUUUAUUUCCCUUUACUUUGGGAAGCAAACUUUUGUGUGCUUAAAUGUUACAGGCUUUUAGAAAGGUAGAUUUCCACACAGAAGCAAAGUAAUAGAUGGAAAAUUAUCCAGGUGUGGUGGCGGGCACCUAAAGUCCCAGUUCCUAUCAAGGCUUAGGCAGAAAUACUGGAGUUUGAAGUUCCUAGGAGCUAUUACGAGGCCAUGGCACUCUGCUGGGCAACAGAGUCAUACUCUUGUGUCAAAAAAAAAAAAGAGAGAGAGAGAGUUCCUCUGUAAGGGGAACAAGUGAUGAAAGGGAAAACGCCAACAUUGAAUUAGUUAUACAUCAAUGCCUGCGUUAGGCAGGGGUUUUAUUCAAAUUAGAGAUAACAUAUAGACAGAUUCGCAGCGUUAAUUAAGGAACACAUUAAGUCACAGUAUGUUCUUCGGUACUCAAUAAGUUCUCUUGAUUUCCUAGAACAUUGUUUUCAGUAGCUUUCUAUUGCAUAAUGAAUGUUUUCUAUGACUUCUCAAACUUUUAAAUCUUAUUCAGGCCUGUUAGUCUGUAGCAGAUGAUGAGAAUGCUACUAAAUCUCGGCAUCAGAUUCUGGAGAAUAAGGAGAGAGAAAAUAAGACUAUUUGAAUAACAGAGGACGAAAAUAUGUCCUCCCUUCCUGGAUGCAUUGGUUUGGAUGCAGCAACAGCUGCAGUGGAAUCUGAAGAGAUUGCAGAGCUGCAACAGGCUGUGGUUGAUGAAUUAGGUAUUUCUAUGGAGGAACUUCGACAGUUUAUCGAUGAAGAACUGGAGAAGAUGGACUGUGUACAGCAGCGCAAGAAGCAGCUAGCAGAAUUGGAGACAUGGGUAAUUCAGAAAGAAUCUGAAGUGGCUCAUGUUGACCAACUCUUUGAUGAUGCAUCCAGGGCAGUGACUAAUUGCGAGUCUUUGGUGAAGGACUUCUACUCCAAACUGGGCCUGCAAUACCGGGACAGUAGCUCUGAAGAUGAGUCUUCCAGGCCUACAGAAAUAAUUGAGAUUCCUGAUGAAGAUGAUGAUGUUCUCAGUAUUGAUUCAGGUGAUGCUGGCAGCAGAACUCCAAAAGACCAGAAGCUCCGUGAAGCCAUGGCUGCCUUAAGAAAAUCAGCUCAAGAUGUCCAGAAGUUCAUGGAUGCUGUGAAUAAGAAGAGCAGCUCCCAGGAUCUGCAUAAAGGAACCUUGAGUCAUAUGUCUGGAGAACUAAGCAAAGAUGGUGACCUGAUAGUCAGCAUGCGGAUUCUGGGCAAGAAGAGAACUAAGACAUGGCACAAGGGCACCCUUAUUGCCAUUCAGACAGUUGGGCCAGGGAAGAAGUACAAGGUGAAAUUUGACAACAAAGGAAAGAGUCUACUGUCGGGGAACCAUAUUGCCUAUGAUUACCACCCUCCUGCUGACAAGCUCUAUGUGGGUAGUCGAGUGGUGGCCAAAUACAAAGAUGGGAAUCAGGUCUGGCUCUAUGCUGGCAUUGUAGCUGAGACACCGAAUGUCAAAAACAAGCUCAGGUUUCUCAUUUUUUUUGAUGAUGGCUAUGCUUCCUAUGUCACACAGUCUGAACUGUAUCCCAUUUGCCGGCCAUUGAAAAAGACUUGGGAGGAUAUAGAAGAUAUCUCUUGCCGGGACUUCAUAGAAGAGUAUAUCACUGCCUACCCCAACCGCCCUAUGGUGCUGCUCAAGAGUGGCCAGCUUAUCAAGACUGAGUGGGAAGGCACCUGGUGGAAGUCCCGAGUUGAGGAGGUGGAUGGCAGCUUGGUCAGGAUCCUCUUCCUGGAUGACAAAAGAUGUGAAUGGAUCUAUCGAGGCUCUACACGGCUAGAACCAAUGUUCAGCAUGAAGACAUCCUCAGCCUCUGCACUGGAGAAGAAGCAGGGGGGACAGCUCAGGACACGUCCUAAUAUGGGUGCUGUGAGGAGCAAAGGCCCUGUUGUCCAAUACACACAGGAUCUGACCAGUACUGGGACCCAGUUCAAGCCAGUGGAGCCCCCACAGCCUACAACUCCACCUGCCCCACCUGUUCCACCUCUGUCCCCUCAAGCAGGUGACAGUGACUUAGAAAGCCAGCUUGCCCAGUCACGGAAGCAAGUAGCCAAAAAGAGCACAUCCUUCCGACCCGGAUCUGUGGGCUCUGGUCAUUCCUCCCCUACAUCUCCUACACUCAGUGAAAAUAUCCCUGGUGGAAAAUCUGGGAUCAACCAGACCCACAGAUCACCUUUAGGCUUAACAACCUCUGCCCCAGCAUCCUCAGCAACCCCAGCCCCUCCAGUACCCCCAGCCUUCCAUGGCAUGCUGGAGCGGGCCCCAGCAGAGCCCUCCUACCGAGCUCCCAUGGAGAAGCUUUUCUACUUACCUCAUGUCUGUAGCUAUACUUGUCUGUCUCGGGUCAGACCUAUGAGGAAUGAGCAGUACCGGGGCAAGAACCCUCUGCUGGUCCCACUGCUAUAUGACUUCCGGCGGAUGACAGCUCGGCGUCGAGUUAACCGCAAGAUGGGCUUUCAUGUUAUCUAUAAGACACCCUGUGGCCUCUGUCUUCGGACAAUGCAGGAGAUUGAACGCUACCUUUUUGAGACUAGCUGUGACUUCCUUUUCCUGGAAAUGUUCUGUUUGGAUCCCUAUGUUCUUGUGGACCGGAAGUUUCAGCCCUAUAAGCCUUUUUACUAUAUUUUGGACAUCACCUAUGGGAAGGAAGAUGUUCCCCUAUCCUGUGUUAAUGAGAUUGACACAACUCCCCCACCCCAGGUGGCCUACAGCAAGGAACGGAUCCCAGGCAAGGGUGUUUUCAUUAACACAGGCCCUGAAUUUCUGGUUGGCUGCGACUGCAAAGAUGGAUGUCGAGACAAAUCCAAGUGUGCCUGCCAUCAACUAACUAUCCAGGCUACAGCCUGUACCCCAGGGGGCCAAAUCAAUCCUAACUCUGGCUACCAGUACAAGAGACUAGAAGAGUGUCUCCCGACAGGAGUAUAUGAGUGUAACAAACGCUGCCAAUGUGACCCAAGCAUGUGCACAAAUCGAUUGGUACAACAUGGUCUACAGGUUCGAUUACAACUCUUCAAGACACAGAACAAGGGCUGGGGUAUCCGCUGUUUGGAUGAUAUCGCCAAAGGCUCUUUUGUCUGUAUUUAUGCAGGCAAAAUCCUCACAGAUGACUUUGCAGACAAGGAGGGUCUGGAAAUGGGUGAUGAGUACUUUGCAAAUCUGGACCAUAUUGAGAGUGUGGAGAACUUCAAGGAAGGAUACGAGAGUGAUGCCCCCUGUUCCUCUGACAGCAGUGGUGUAGAUUUGAAGGACCAGGAAGAUGGCAAUAGUGGUACAGAGGACCCCGAAGAGUCCAAUGAUGAUAGCUCAGACGAUAAUUUCUGUAAGGAUGAGGACUUCAGCACCAGUUCAGUGUGGCGGAGCUAUGCCACCCGGAGGCAGACCCGGGGCCAGAAGGAGAAUGGACUGUCUGAAACAGCUUCCAAAGACUCCCGCCCUCCAGACCUCGGACCCCCACAUGUUCCGGUCACUCCCUCAAUCCCUAUAGGUGGCUGCAAUCCACCUUCCUCUGAAGAGACAUCCAAGAACAAAGUAGCCUCAUGGUUAAGCUGCAAUAGCAUCAGUGAAGGUGGUUUUGCUGACUCUGAUAGCCGUUCAUCCUUCAAGACUAGCGAAGGCGGGGAGGGCCGGGCGGGGGGGAGCAGAAUGGAGUCUGAGAAGGCAUCUACCUCAGGACUGGGCAUCAAGGAUGAAGGAGACAUCAAGCAGGCAAAAAAAGAGGAGCCUGAUGACCGAAACAAAAUGUCAGUAGUUACUGAAAGCUCUCGAAAUUAUGGUUAUAAUCCUUCUCCCAUGAAGCCUGAAGGACUUCGCCGCCCACCCAGUAAGACCAGUAUGCAUCAGAGCCGACGACUCCUGGCCUCUGCUCAGUCCAACCCUGAUGAUGUCCUGACACUGUCCAGCAGCACAGAAAGUGAGGGGGAAAGUGGGACAAGCCGAAAGCCUACUGCUGGUCAGACUUCAGCAACAGCGGUUGACAGUGAUGAUAUCCAGACCAUCUCUUCUGGCUCUGAAGGGGAUGACUUUGAGGACAAGAAGAAUAUGUCUGGUCCAAUGAAGCGCCAAGUGGCAGUAAAAUCAACCCGAGGCUUUGCUCUUAAAUCAACCCAUGGGAUUGCCAUUAAAUCAACCAACAUGGCCUCCGUUGAGAAGGGGGAGAGUGCACCUAUUCGUAAGAACACACGCCAAUUCUAUGAUGGUGAGGAGUCUUGCUACAUCAUCGAUGCCAAGCUUGAAGGCAACCUGGGCCGCUACCUCAAUCACAGUUGCAGCCCCAACCUGUUUGUCCAGAAUGUCUUUGUGGAUACCCAUGAUCUUCGCUUCCCUUGGGUGGCUUUCUUUGCCAGCAAGAGAAUCCGGGCUGGGACAGAACUUACUUGGGACUACAACUAUGAGGUGGGCAGUGUGGAAGGCAAGGAACUGCUUUGCUGCUGUGGAGCCAUUGAAUGCAGAGGGCGUCUUCUUUAGAGAAUGGCUUCCUGACCUUCAGAACCCUUCUCAACCUCAGGAACUAGGUCCUCCUGACUGUUGAACUCUGACCCCAAGUCUCUGGUCUAGCUACUCCCCUCAGCUCCUAGUCCAUAGAAAUGGGGGCACUGGAUCCAGAAAUCCCUUUCUUUGUGGUGCUAGCUGGCCGGAUCCCUUCUCCACCUCCUCAGGUGGGGAGAGAUUGUCACUGUAACCUAGGUCUGUUGUCCCUCAAGUCUUCCUGCCGCUCAUCCUGCCCAUCCCAUGUUUGUUCAAGUGUUCAUGCUUCUCACAGAUAUCAUUCCUGGAAUGGAGGCUGUGUAUCUACUACCCUUGGUUUGUAUUAUUUCUUGAAAGUCUUAACAAGAUGAUAAAACUAA